AUGGCUACUAUUAACAUCGGUGGUAAUAAUCAAGACCGAUUUUAUCGGUACAAAAUGCCUAAACUUAUUUCUAAGAUCGAAGGUAAAGGUAACGGAAUCAAAACUGUAGUCCCCAACAUGUCAGACAUUGCGCGUUCCUUGAGUCGCCCGCCGACCUACCCCACUAAAUUCUUUGGGUGUGAGCUUGGUGCACAAAUUCAAGUUGACGAAAAAAACGAUCGUUACAUUGUUAAUGGCGCCCAUGAAGCUGCUAGGCUCCAAGAAUUGCUCGACGUCUUCAUUAAAAAAUAUGUGCUUUGUGCAGGCUGUAGCAACCCUGAGACUGAUUUAAUUAUUAUCGGUAAAAAUCCUAAUAAUCAGAAGAUCAUCCGUGAUUGCAAAGCCUGCGGUCAACGAACUGAUGUUGAUAUGCGUCACAAGCUCGUUACCUACAUCCUAAAAAAUCCGCCUACUGUCAAAUCUAAAGGUAAUAAGAAAGACAAGAAGAACAAGAAAGGUGAAGACGACGAACAGACAUCUCCCACUACGAAAGGUUCUUCUUCUGAAGGAACGGAUGAUGAACUUACCCGUCGCAUCGAGAGUGAAGCUGCUAAUCUUCCUACCGCAGAUGAAUAUAAAGUUGAUGACGAUUGGGUUCUUGAUUCUUCUGCGGAUGCUGUCGCAAGACGUGCUAAAGAGUUUUCUAACAUUGCAAUUAACGAUAGCGCGUCUGACGAAGAGGGUGGGGAUCCUUACGAACAAAUCGAUAAAUGGUUGGAGAAAAAUGCCACAUCUGCCAGCAGCAAUGAUAUAUAUAGGAAAAUUAAGGAGCUAGGUAUCUCCAAGGAAAUAGAUAAGGUCCUGAAACACCUUGUUCUUGGCCUCUUUGCAAAAAGUUUUCAGAGCAAUACAUCCACUAUUAAUAAACAAAUUCACAAAAAGGCCAAACUUUUCCUAAAGUUCGUCCACAAUUUUGAUGAUCAAAGGGCUCUUCUUGGAGCUACCGAAAUACUUGUUUCUGAACAUAAAGAUUUGAUGGAUAGUAGGAUCAUUUGUAGUAUUUUGAUGAGCUAUUAUCAGAAUGAUUUACUUGACGAAGAUGUGUUCCAGGCGUGGCUCGAAGGUGACAGUUCCGAGACUUAUCAAAAUCUCUUUAAAAGAACUGCGUCAGUUAAUUACGUUGACGCCGCGAUCAAUCAGGAAAUCCGUAACAAGGCGAAGCCAUUCGCGAAAUGGUUGGAAGAGGCAGAAGAGGCAGAUGAUGUUGAUGAAUAA